AAGGAGAAGUAGCACAGGAAGUGACUGAGGUCUCGGUUAUGUUGAAGAGACGGUGAUGCUCACUCAGACGCUUCAGCGCUUCAACCAGCUCGCACGGUACAGCAGACAUUUUCUGCCCAGUCUUCCUCUUAAAGUUCGGGUUGGUUAGACGAACAGGCUGGAGGGUGGCCUCGGAUCCAGCCUGCUGUGGAGGAUUUCUUCCAGGAGGUCACAGCGCAACAACAGUCCUCAACCCCAAAGGGCUAAUGAAAUGGGGGGAAAUGGAGAAGAAAGUGGCCCUCGCAGGCUGAGCCGCAGAUUGUCUCGUCUGGGCAGCAGGCAUCAGUCCAGAGACCCUCCGAGACCUCCAGCUGAGCCGGAAAGACCCCCACCUGUUCAGCAAGAUGACAGGCAUCCACCAGCUCCUGUUCUGCCUCCAGCUCCACCUGCACCUUCAGUUCCUGCUCCUGCUCCUCUUCCUCCACCCAUGAAAAUACCACCUAUACGUCCUGACAGAGCAACAAAGCCCAAACUUCCUCCUCGACCACUUUCCAAGAUCUUCAGUAGCAGUGAGCAUGGUGAAGAUGUGCUGCAGGGAUUCAAUGUUUUCCGGGCAGAUGAGACUCUCUGUGAUGUUGUCUUGGUUCCUGGAGACAGCAAGGAAGCUUUCCCAGUCCACAGGGUCAUCAUGGCUUCUUCUAGUGAUUACUUCAAGGCCAUGUUCACAGGCGGCAUGAGGGAGCAGGAGAUGAGAGAGAUCAAGCUGCAUGGGGUCACUAAGGCAGGCUUAAAGAACAUUAUAGACUUCAUUUACACAUCCAAAGUCAGCCUUGAUAUGGGCAACCUUCAGGACACGCUGGAAGCUGCAAACUUCUUGCAGGUCAUGCCUGUUCUAAACUUCUGUAAUCAGCUUCUGAGCAGUGAGAUUACUAUUGAUAAUUGUGUGGAAGUUGAGCACAUUGCCACAGACUUGCUUCUGGAGGAUGUUCAACUGAAUAUAGGUAAAUUUGUGAGCCAGAAUCUGUCAGCAUUGGUGCAGUGUGGUCGCCACCUGCAGCUUUCUGAAACCAGCAUGGCCAACGCUCUGGCCAGCAACUCCCUUGAAGGCUUCUCUGAGCUGGAGCUCUACCAAAUCGCCAAGGACUGGCUGGACCACGACUCUCCCAAACGCCGCUCCUCUGUUUAUGCCCUGAUGCGGCACAUUCGUUUCCCACUGAUGAGCCCCAGUGAGCUGAUUCAGAUCUCCCAGGAUGAUGAAGAGGGAAGCAACUCCAUGAUGCGCUCUGACACAGCUUGUGUAAACCUCCUGCUGGAGGCUAGCAACUACCAGAUGAUGCCCUACAUGCAGCCAGCCAUGCAGACCGAGAGGACGCAGAUCCGAUCAGAUGCCACACAUAUUCUGGCCCUGGGUGGUGUUAUGCGACAGCAGCUGGUGGUGAGCCGGGAGCUGCGGUUGUAUGAUGAGAACACCGGCUAUUGGAGGGCUCUGAAACCCAUGGAGGUGCCACGUUAUCAGCACGGUGUGGCUCUUCUGGGUGGAUUCCUCUUCAUUGUUGGAGGUCAGAGUACAUAUGACACAAAGGGUAAGACGGCCAUAGACAGCGCCUACCGCUACGACCCACGCUUCGACAAAUGGCUUCAGAUUGCUUCACUUAAUGAGAAAAGGACCUUUUUCCACCUCAGUGCUCUGAAAGGGAAACUGUUUGCAGUGGGAGGAAGGAACGCUUCUGGAGAAAUAGACACAGUGGAGUGUUACAACCUGAAGAAAAAUGAGUGGACCUUUGUGACCAACAUGGUGGAGCCUCAUUAUGGCCAUGCUGGUGCAGUUCAUGGGGGCCUCAUGUACAUCUCAGGUGGGAUCACUCGUGACACUUUCCAGAAGGAGCUUUGGUGUUACGACCCCGUUGCUGACAGUUGGAGUCGACGGGCUGACAUGAUGGAGCUCCGUGGCCUGCACUGCAUGUGCACAGUGGGAGACAGACUCUACGUCAUGGGCGGGAACCACUUCCGAGGCAGCAGCGACUAUGAUGAUGUCCUCGGCUGUGAAUACUACAGCCCAGACACAGACCAGUGGACAGUGGUGGCGCCGAUGCCUCGGGGCCAGAGUGACGUCGGUGUUACGGUGUUCAACGGGCAGAUCUACGUGGUGGGAGGGUAUUCCUGGAACAGCAGAUGCAUGGUUGACAUUGUGCAGCGGUACGAUCCAGAUGAAGAUGUGUGGGACAGGGUGUUCAACGUGCUUGAGCCUCUGGGGGGGAUUCGAGCCUGCACAAUGACUGUUCAUCUGCCAGAGGGCUCAGUAGAUGAAGCUCAGAUACAAGAGUGCCCUCUGCCCACAGCUAAGAGCUGAUAGCUACACACACAGAGGGGUUUCCCUCACACUGUGUUGAAAAGAGGGCAAAACAGGAAACUGUGGGUUGCACAUAUAAGCUGCAUGUGCAAAAAGGACAGGCUACCAAACACUGUCAUUCUGCUGUGUGAAACUUUUACACCUUUCAUUUCCUGUGGUGUUAUUUCCUGUUCUGUUGUGUUCUUAGCUGCGUGUCCCUCCUAAUUUGCUGCUUGUUUUUCUUCAGUCUAAAGUACAGCCAGUUCCCAGAAUACACGAUCAAACCUGCCGAUACCCUUGGAUUGACUGAGCAGAUUCAGUGAGGAUCACUGCUUCACUGUUUAACCCUUUAUCAGACAUUCAUUGAAAUACUUGGACAUUUAAAUUUUCAACCACAGAAGAGUUUUUUAUAAUAUCAAAGUAUAUUACAUGGCUUUAAAACUUGGAUACUUUUUUCUAAAAUAACAAAACUUAUACAUAAAUGGUCAGUACUACCAUUUCUUUCUCAUUCUUAUGCUAAACACUGAUCUCAUUGAAGUAGCUGGGAUGUGGCCUGAUCUUUUAUCGCUGGUUCUAUGAUUUCAUGGACUAGCAUGCCAAGGCAUUUUUUAUGUCCAAUAAUGUGUACAAACAUGGUCAUUUGGAAAUGAUGUGAUUACAGUAUCAAACUGGCAUUAAAAUCAUUUUGGUACGUGACAGCUCAUUGUUUAUCUUAUCCAAGCUAAUAUACAAGGAAUAAAGAGAGUUCUCAAAAUCAUAAGGUUGAAAAGGUACAGAAGCACAAAAAUGCAGUGUGGCUCACUCAUCUUUUAGUAAGUGGAUUUUUUUAGCAUGAGCAUAGUCAUGAGGCUUCGGCUGUAUCAUGGCAACAAAGAAAUCUUUAAAUGAUGUUGACAUUGAACUUCCUGUCCUAUUAAUUAGAUCUAUAAGUACAUCCCACUUUCACAAAGCUAACUAAAUCUAAAGAUACUAUUAAACAAUGUGUAAUAAGCAAAAUAGCUAAAUCUGUGCCUUGCAUUUUGUUUUUAGCAAGAAAUGUUGAAGUUUAAAUUAGUAAAAGAUCCUGAUUCAGUCGUGUUUGAUUCAGAUUUAAAUGAAAAUAAACAAUAACCCAGCUA